GGAAGUCCCGCCCCGGAAGCGGCAGCGUCCGGAGCAUGGCGGCGCCGUGGCGGCGAUGCAGCGGCUUGCUGGGCACACUGCGGCCCCCAACCGUACGGCGGCUCUCGCAGAGCUGGGCCCCGCCCCGGGACGUGCUACUCUUCCAGCACGAGCGGGGCCGCUUCUUUGCCGUCCUCGGGCUGUUCUGCGCAGGCCAGGGUAUCUUCUGGGCCUCCCUGGCGGGUGCCGCCUUAUACCACCCCCCAGGCCGAGCUCCGGAUGCCAAGGCUCCCAGCCCGGGCCGGGCGGACCUGCGCUCUGCGCUCUGGCGCUACGGGCUAGCAGUUGGUUGCGGCGCGAUGGGAACCUUGGUCCUUGCUGCUGGUCUGGUCUUCUCUCUGCGAUCUGUGCGUUCAGUCAUGCUCCUUGCUGGAGGGCAGCAGGUGAAGCUCACCACCCAUGCUCCCUUUGGCUUGGGGGCCCAUUUCACUGUUCCCUUGAACCAGGUUUCCUGCAUGGCCCACAGAGGUGAAGUUCCUGCCAUGUUGCCUCUGAAGGUCAAAGGCCGGUGCUUCUACUUUCUUUUGGACAAAACUGGACACUUCCCCAACACUCAACUCUUUGACAACACUGUGGGUGCCUACCGGAGCUUGUAAAAAGGAUGACCUGGUCAUACUAUUCCCUCACAUGAGGAUAAAACCCUUAUAACCAGAGUCAUGAAAACUGGUCCAAGAUUCACUGAGUCAAUAAAUUAGUCUUCCAAAUAGCCUGA